UGCUUGCACACUUAGUGGCGUCAGGUGCGGGUUUUGUGGAAGAUCUAGAUGAGUCGUUUAAAGAGAACCGUAAAGAUGAUAUUUGGCUUGUAGAUUUUUAUGCACCUUGGUGUGGCCACUGCAAGAAACUGGAGCCUGUGUGGAAUGAAGUGGGCCUCGAAAUGCGAAACAUGGGCUCUCCAGUGAAAGUUGGGAAGAUGGAUGCAACUUCCUUUUCUAGUAUUGCAUCUGAAUUUGGAGUGCGAGGCUAUCCAACAAUUAAGCUCUUAAAAGGUGACUUGGCAUACAACUAUAGAGGACCUAGAACAAAAGAUGAUAUAAUUGAAUUUGCUAAUAGAGUAGCAGGACCUCUUAUCAGGCCACUUCCUAGCCAGCAUAUGUUUGAGCAUGUGCAAAAGAGACAUCGUGUACUAUUUGUGUAUGUUGGUGGUGAAUCUCCUUUAAAGGAAAAAUACAUUGAAGUUGCUUCAGAACUAAUCGUUUAUACGUACUUUUUUUCUGCCUCAGAAGAUGUGCUGCCUGAGUAUGUGACAUUACCUGAAUUGCCUGCUGUUAUGGUCUUCAAAGAUGGAACUUACUUUGUUUAUGAUGAAUAUGAAGAUGGUGAUUUGUCCUCCUGGAUCAACAGAGAAAGAUUUCAAGGUUACCUUCAUGUAGAUGGCUUUACACUAUAUGAACUUGGAGAUACAGGAAAACUUGUGGCUAUUGCAGUCAUUGAUGAUAAAAACUCUUCAGUGGAACAUACCAGACUAAAGUCUAUUAUUCAGGAAGUCGCUAGAGAUUAUCGGGAUCACUUUCACAGGGAUUUCCAGUUUGGCCAUAUGGAUGGAAAUGAUUACAUUAAUAGUUUACUAAUGGAUGACUUGACAAUCCCAACUAUUGUUGUAUUGAACACCUCCAAUCAGCAGUAUUUUCUACCAGAUAAGCACAUUGAGAGCACAGAAGACAUGGUUCAGUUUAUUAACAAUAUCUUGGAUGGUACAGCUGAAGCACAGGGUGGUGAUGGACUUCUGCAGCGAAUCAAGAGAAUAAUCUAUGAUGCCAAGUCUACCAUAGUGUCUGUGUUCAAGAGUUCACCACUGCUGGGAUGCUUUCUCUUUGGGUUGCCCCUGGGGGUCAUCAGCAUUAUGUGUUACGGGAUCUGCACAGCUGAUACAGAUGGAGAGGUGUUGGAGUAUGAGGGAGCUAAAAAGGAAAGUGGUGAUCGGGAGCUCACAGACGAAGGCAGUGAGGAAGAACAAGAGGAGGAAAAAAAUGGAAAAUAUACAGAACUUUCAGAUGGAGAGCUUAAACAGAAAGACAUAAUGGAAAAGAAGAAAGACUAACUUUGUUUAGCAAACGAAUUCUCUAGAAUUUCCCAAUAGACUUACUUAUUGAAGAUUGUCAUUUAUUGAUGAUCUUCAUGAAAGAGGACCGUUUUGUCUGCGUUAUGGUAGUUUUGGUUUGCAUGUAUUCAAAUUUUCUCAGAAAUUGACA